UUAGUURAUCCUGAAUUUCCCCUCGGUGGAUCAAUAGAGGCUAUUUCUUCUUGUUAGGGAAAUGAGUAAAACAWGCAGAAUACAUCAGUCUAUUUUGGCUCUGUUGCAUUCAAACAUGCCAGUGUAAGGCUAAAGCUACACGAAUCCAUCAGUGCAGCCAAAAUAUAACUGAUGUCACCGCUGUGGARGUCCAGCCAGGAAGAUUCAUAAUCCUCUGGUUUCUUCCUGGCUGRUGGUGUGUUUGAUGAGUGGAGACAGGUGUGAUGUGACUCCAGUGACUCUGCUAACCAGAGAGAGCUGCGCACCACCCCAUCCUUAGUUGCAUCGUCAUUCUGGAUAUAAAUAGCUUUACUGAAAGCAAAGCAGCGAUGAGAGGGCAGUGAUCACUCAGUCCACAUAAAAGACAAAACACACUUAGUUCACGGACAGUACAGUUUACACAGCCCAUCUCUGAGUGCAGACAUUCAGSUCUGCACACUUCCAGACAUGGGGAUGCACAGGUCCGUACCUCAGAAAGAGGAGCAGGUCCUCAUGCUGGGCCUGGACYGCUCAGGAAAGACCACCCUGCUGUACAAGCUGAAAUACAACGAGAGCGUGAUUACCGUCCCAACGGUGGGCUUCAACGCGGAGUCUCUGGAGACGAGCGGGAGCGGCCCCGGACUGACGGUGUGGGARGUUGGGGGUCAGAYGAAGAUGAGYCCCCACUGGAAGCAUCACGUUGAUYACACGGCUGGACUGAUGUUUGUGGUGGACAGUGGGGAUGAGAAGAGGCUGGGCGAGGCUCGCCAAGAACUUCACCGGAUCCUGAGAUACAACAGUAUCAGAGGAGUUCCUCUUGUGGUCCUGGCCAACAAACAGGACCUGCCAGGUGCUCUGAGCCCAGAAACACUCUGCCUGAAACUGGACUUAAAGGGAGCAUGCGACGGCAGGGCGUGGUUUAUCCAGCCCUGCUCCGGCACUACUGGGAUGGGACUGGAAGAUGGUUUCAGGAGAAUGAUUUAUCUGAUGAAAACUCCACUCCGACAGACCCAAGAGGACAUUAAAGUGAAGAUGAGACCUAAGAGCUUCAGUUUGACCGCAGUGAAGCGAGCCUUGCUCUGUGGAAGCUGAUGGGGAAUUUGUUUUAAUGUUGUCCUCCUCCUCUGUGUGUGCGUGUGGGUUCUUACUUGAUUUCCUUGUCUGCAUAUGGUCUAACAGAGCCAUGUGUGUUAUGUUAUAGAAGGUUUCAAAACCAAGACUGCAAACUGACAUGAGGAAGUUCAAAGCAUUUKAAAAAAAACAAAACAAAAAAAAAGCAAAAGGGCUGUAAAAUAAAAUACCUUACAGGCACAGGGACGCACAAAGAGAACCAGAACGUGGCACAGAAACCAAAAAUGCGCUACUGAAAGUUGAGUGAAGACAAACUAAAUAGGCUAUGGUUGAUGAGGAGAAGUGGCUGCAGCUGUGUUUAGGUGGAGAUGGGUGUGGCAGGCAGGCUAACUAGAAAAGGACUAAAGGAGUGGUGGGCUGGUGGCACUGAGGAACAAAAGAACUGAAAACAAAGUGCAAAAAAUGUCACCAAAUAAUCUCAAAAACAAAGAUUGUGACAAUAGUGAGUAUCGGUUAAUAGUAAGGUAAUAGUGAGGUCACAAGUUGAUACAAACACAGAAAUUAGAAUUAACCUGUUUGGCGCAGCUGAGUGGUAAAUGUGGAGGAUAAAAAACAAGGAAAUGCUGCAAAGAUUUUGUAUAAAAAUAAAAUAUAAUCUUGGAUUAUCAAGGUAAUUUUACAUAAGCAUUUACAAGCUGU